AUGGACGAGGAGGAGGAUCCGAUUGUGGAGGAGAUGCCCGUGUUUCUGUCAAAGACCCUGCACGACAGCUUGUACCUUUUCCAAUACCCCACAAAGACGGAGCUGCCAAACCACGACGAGUCCGUGGUCAUCAACUGCUGCGUAAAGCCGUUCACCCAGGAAGUCAAGGUGGACUUCGCCCUGAACACGGAAUCGAAACACUACGAUCGCUUUAAGGGCGAGCAGUUCGCGGUGGCCGCCGACGGGAAGAACACAUUCGGCGCCUUGCCGUCGAAGGGCGGUGAGCGGCCCACCUACAAGCGUGGGAUCAUGGACAAGCAGGCCUUCACCAGCACGCGCUCGCUGACAGACAUUUCCAAGUAUAUUGUGGGCAUCUACGCGGAUAAGGAGAUGCACCUAUCGCCGCUGACAAGCAUUGUUCAGCUGCGGCCCGCCCUGAGCCACUUCGACAAGGAGGACAAGCGCAAGAAAGCGGAGCAAAAGGCCCAAAACGACGAUGUGGACGACGACGAGGUGCUGCAGCAGGUCACAGUGAAGUUCGCUCGCGACAAGGGAGCCGCAUCCAAGAAGACGAAGGAGGAGCGUGGCACGUACGACAGCUUUGUCCAGCGCAUUGUUGACGAGCCGUGGUGCGAGACAUUAUGGCACGCCCGUACCUCAGCCGCGGUGGAGCUGGAACGCCAGAAGCUCUAUGCCACCAACCACCAGUCGAACCUUUCGCUGACUCUCAGUUCCAGCGACUACCUGCACAAGCUGCUGCCGUACAACGAGAACGUGCAGAAGGUGGACGAGUCCAGUGUGCUGCCCGUGUACAACAAGGCCAUGCUGAAGACUAUGCCGCUGCUGGACCAGCUGCGUAUCCUGCUCAAGGACGCCAGGAUGCUGUCGUUCGGAGAUGUCCUCCAGAUACUCAUGGAGCAAGUGGAUCCCCAUGUGACGCCCGACAAGGUGCUGGCCCUGCUGCCCCAGGUCGGUAUUCUGCUGAACGGCAACUGGGUGCCCAAAUCGGAGGUGGUCUUUCCCGAAAAGAUGCUUUCCCACGCCAACGGUGUCACUGCCGAGCAAAUGAUACGCGCCAGGGACUAUAUACUCUAUAGAUUCUCGCGAACGGCGUGCCUGCACCGUACACAGGUGAUGGCCGCCACCCAGCUGCCGCCCGCGGAGACCUUCGAUGUCCUGAGGACCGUGGCCAAAGUGAACACUACGAAACGCUGGGAGCUGCUGCUGCCGCCGGACAAGGAGUUCGAGCAGAAGCAUCCGGAACUGGUGCAGCGCCAGGAGCUACACUGGCGCGCCUCGGAGCAACACUACAACGAAAUGGACUGGGCCAAGGAGACGAAGCGAGUGCGCAAGCGCUCCACCCGCAAAAGCGAGUCCCAGUCCUCAACAGCCAUGCCACCGCCUGCCCCAACAACACCAGCGGAAGCGUAG